ACUUCUUCACCAACAUCUAGUCAGCCACCUCGGUAGCUUCCUAGCUGAAACAUUCAAAGUUGUUCAGACUGCUUCGGUGUAUAUUUGCCUCUGUAUUUGAAACAUAAUUCUGGCAUAUAACUAGUUUCCCCAUUUAAUGUCAUAUUUCUGUUUAGUCAGGUAACGGUAGCUGGCUUGAUAAAUUAGCCUAUCGCUAGGCUAGUCGCUAACUAGCUAGGUUAGCUGGCUAACAUCCCCGACCAUGAAUUCACUAAGCUACUCUCCUUCUGCUAAUAAAGAGGUCUGCUGGACGGAGAAAGAGGGCCUGUGGCUGAACGUUGUUGUGAAAGAGGAGGAAGAGGAGGAUGUCACAGUAAACGAUGAAGUAGAGGGUGAGGCUGUUACAGUGAAAGAAGAAGAGAAAGACGUUUCAGUGAAAGAAGAGGAAGACACGUUCAGAGUGAAAGAGGAGGAGGAUGUUACAGUAAAAGAAGAGGAGGAAGAGAAAGAGGAGGAUGCCGUUUUUGGAGUGAAGGGGGAAGAGAUAACUGUCACAUUGAAGGAGGAGAAGGAAGAACAGGAGGAGGAGACAGGCGAUCUGAUUAAGACCAGAGAGAGACCAGACUCUCACUCUGACAGCAGAAAGAGUCCUUCAGAGGAACCAGACACAGAGAUACACAAACCAGCGAGACGACACCACUGCUCCUACUGUGGAAAUAGUUUUACCCGAUUACUACACCUGAAAGCACAUGAGAGAAUACAUACAGGAGAAAAGCCCUUCCACUGUUCCCAGUGUGAAAAGAGUUUUAGGUGGUUAACGAGUCUGAAAAAGCAUGAGAGGGGGCACACACAAGAAAAGCUCUACCAAUGCUCCCUGUGUGGAAAGAGUUUUACCAAGUUAGGGGGUCUGACAAGGCAUGAGAGGACACACACAGGAGGGGAUAAGAUGUACCACUGCUCCCUGUGUAGAAAGAGAUUUAACAGGUUAAGGCAUCUGAAUAAGCAUGAAAGAAUACAUACACAGGAGGAGAAGACAUACCACUGCUCUCAUUGUGGAAAGACAUUUUCCCAGUCAGAGGACCUGAAAUCACAUGAGAGAAUAGAGAGACUGUGUUCUGACUUGUGUUUUUGACUGAGAAUUUGUGUUUUUGUUUGUCACAUUAAAUCAUAUUGUUUAAAUGAAAUCAGACAUGAGAAUCUGACCAAAACAACAGUCCUGUUUCUGUUGUUUUUCAUCUUGAUCUAAAAUCACAUUAAAUAUUUUAAAAUGUGUAUAUCGUUUUCAUUAUGAACUUUGAUUGGUUGUAAACAAGUAUAAACCUUCUGAUGUAGUUCAUAAUAUGAUUUGGAUAUUGCUAAAUGGAAAUUAUUAUAUAAGUAAAUAAGUAGCUUUGGCUUGUAGCUGUUUCUGUAGUGAGGUAGCUUGAUGUACAAGUACUUCCCCUGGACAGGAGUCUAGUCUAUACAGUACCACAGUAUAGUAACAGGAGUCUAGUCUAUACAGUACCACAGUAUAGUAACAGGACUCUAGUCUAUACAGUACCACAGUAUAGUAACAGGACUCUAGUCUAUACAGUACCACAGUAUAGUAACAGGAGUCUAGUCUAUACAGUACCACAGUAUAGUAACAUAACUCUAGUCUAUACAGUACCACAGUAUAGUAACAGGACUCUAGUCUAUACAGUACCACAGUAUAGUAACAUAACUCUAGUCUAUACAGUACCACAGUAUAGUAACAGGAGUCUAGUCUAUACAGUACCACAGUAUAGUAACAGGAGUCUAGUCUAUACAGUGCCACAGUAUAGUAACAGGACUCUAGUCUAUACAGUACCACAGUAUAGUAACAGGACUCUAGUCUAUACAGUACCACAGUAUAGUAACAGGAGUCUAGUCUAUACAGUACCACAGUAUAGUAACAGGAGUCUAGUCUAUACAGUACCACAGUAUAGUAACAGGAGUCUAGUCUAUUCAGUACCACAGUAUAGUAACAGGACUCUAGUCUAUUCAGUUCUUCUCCUGGACAAGAUGUCUCUUAAUAUUUCACUGCUGCUCUUUAAUUAUUUUGUUACUUUUAUUUCUCAUUCGUAUAUUUUAAGUACUUUUUUUUUGUUGUUGAUUUUUUAACUGCAUUGUUGGUUAGGGCUUUUAAGUAAGUGUUUCACUGUACGGUCUACACCUGUUGUAUUCAGUAUUUCACUGUAAGAUCUACACCUGUUGUAUUCGCUGCAUGUGACUAAUAAAAUUUGAUUUGAUAGUCUA